GCCGUCGUAACGUCGCUUCCGUCCCGGGUCGCGGCGCUUCGGUGCGCCGCCGAGCGCUUCCGCCUGCGCGUUUCCAGGGCAACGCGGCGCCCCGGGCCCCCCCGGAGUCGGUGGGACUGGUUAACGGCAGGAGAUGUCCACUCCCCCUCUCGCUGGGGCAGGCAUGCCGCCCGGGGCAUUCACGGGGACACAGGCUCAGGCAGCUAGGGAGGUAAACACAGCUUCUCUUUGUCGAAUUGGCCAAGAGACUGUGCAGGACAUUGUGUUUCGAACCAUGGAAAUCUUCCAGUUACUGAGGAACAUGCAGUUACCGAAUGGUGUUACUUAUCAUACUGGAACGUAUCAAGACAGACUGGGAAAGCUGCAAGAACAUCUCCGUCAGCUAUCGAUACUCUUCAGAAAACUGAGAUUAGUCUAUGACAAAUGCAAUGAAAACUGUGCUGGGCUUGAUCCUGUUCCCAUAGAACAACUUAUUCCAUACGUUGAGGAAGAUGGCUCCAAGCAUGAUGAUCGUGGUGCUGCAAGUCAGCUUCGUUUUGCAAGUGAAGAGAGAAGGGAAAUCAUGGAAGUAAAUAAGAAACUGAAACAGAAGAAUCAGCAGCUGAAGCAGAUCAUGGAUCAGUUACGGAAUCUAAUCUGGGACAUAAAUGCCAUGUUGGCAAUGCGGAACUGAACAAGGAAAAUCAGCCUUUGUAAUUAGAGAAGAUAUUAAUUUGUUUGGAUAUACUUAAUUUUCUUUCUCAGAAGUUACAUGUUUUCCCAUACCAUAUUGCAGUAAUGUUUGUAAAGUCUUCAAGAUUAAAAUGUUGUGUUUUUGUAAUAACUUAAACAGUGUUGGCUUUGUUUCUAUAAAAGAUUCAUCCUACAGCUUUUACCUGAGUUAUUCAGUUAAGCCGAAUCUAAAACAGCCUGAGUAACUUACAGUAAUAACUUGGAUUGCUGUGCAGUUGUGGUUUUUUAUAAAAGAAUUGUUUAUGGGUUUUUUAAAUACAUAAUUAUAACUAACACUGGUUUUAAAACAUGUAUUUGAUUGCCAUUCUGUGUAAUCCACCUCUACAGACAGGAAAAGCUGCAAUACAGAAAAGUCACUCUACUAAGCUACAGGACUGAAAUGAGGAUCAGAGAUUGCAAUGCAAUGUGUUUCCUCAGUAUGAGAACAUAUACUACAGGCCUACUGUACUACAUUAGUUCAUCUUCAUCUGUAUCCUGUCAAUGGAGAGAUGUUACAUUAGGUCAAUUGGAGCAAAACUCAGAAAUUACAUAAAAUUACCCCUAUCCUUAUGGAUGUAAUUCUUUGUAAGUGAAGAUUACAUACAUAUAUCCUCAACAUGAACUUCUCUGUAACUAUGAUUCAAGUACUGCUCUAGCUAUUCUAUGGUGUGGUAUUCCUGCAGCUUUAUGUAUGGUUGGAAUACCGUGUUUACCAGAAUGCACUGCAUAAAUGCUUCAUUCAUCUUUUCCCUAAGACUGCCAAUCCUAGAGGAUAUAACUGUAUGAGCACUUUGUUAUUUUGAGUUAAUUGUCAAUGUUCGUAUUUCUUUGUUCUGCCUCUGGUAUUCCUCACAAUUUUCAUUUGCCCUGAAAAUAGUCUUAGUAGUUUUUGUUAGCAGAGUUGUUGCUAGUGGACUAUUUGUUUCUUUUCCAGAUGAAAGACAAUGUAAAAUAGCAUUGUUCUGAUACGAAUCUGUAGGCCACUCUACCUUUAAUAUUUGUCAGUUGAAAACUGACCAUCCUCAUGAUAUACUUUUUAUGUAUUACUUUUAACUCUUAUUCCAUGGCCAGUCAGAUUCCUUAUCAGCUUUGUGUGAAAGAUUUACUCAGAACCUUCUGAAGAGCCCAGUUGAAUGUUAUUCUUUUUAAAGAGACCCUUUUUACAGUAUGAGGUUUUGAUACCAAACACUUAUUGAUUUGAGAUAUAUGGUUUCAAAAAUAUUACACUGGUUUGUUGUUCUAUCAGUCUUUUUUUAUUUUGGUUUUUAAUAAUUUCAACCCAUUUGUCUGUUCCUUGAGGUAAAAAUCACUGGCGUGUGAUAGAUCUGAUCUCACCUUUCUCCUUUUGAAGGCUUUAAAUCUGAACAGAUUAAUGGACACCCAGUCUUACAGCUGCAAAUAAACAGAACUAGAAAAUGGUAAUUUUGAUUAAGUGGUGUUGAAGUGACAGGUAACUGUGACAAUACCUAAACAUGAGUAGAUGUCAAAACAUGUUACAGGUAAGGUCACUCCCAUGUCACCUGUAUUCCAAAAGAGAGAACAGGUGGCUUUCUCAGUGGCUAAGCAUGCAGCAGAACUGCUUCUUUCCCAUUUAGGCUGACCACUGUGGCACACUUGUGCCUCGGAGGUAAUGGUUGAUUCUGCAGCUGUGAGAGGUUCGACUGUUUUAUGUAUAAACCUUUUGAGAAGGAAAUGAAGACUGCAAGUGGAAGUUUUAUUUUGCUGUUUGUCUAAAAUACAGCCACACUGUUUUGUUUGCAAGGUGUAGUGGCAACUUGCUGUUUAUGUGUAAGUAUGCAUCCAGCCUAGAAGUAUUCAAAUUGGAUUUUGAAAUGAUACCAAUACCUUAAUUGUGUGUAUAAAAUUCAGUACUUAGUAUUUUGUCCCAUUCUUGAAACAGUUAAAACUGGACAUCAGGCUAGAUUUUGUUCUACUACUUCUAUACUACCUAUGUAAUUCUUCCUAAAUGUCUUUGAAGUUUGUUGAGUUUUUUUAUUGCAUAUAAACAAUGCAAAAAUAACCUAAAAUGUGCAUAAGAGUGCAGAUACUGCAAGUAAGUGUCUGGCCAAUACAAUAUUCAGCUUACUUAAUGCAGCUGCUAGCAGUAGCCAAGGUUUAUACUGCAAUUUUUCAUCCGGGAGAGAGGAGAAAACACUUUAAACCACUACCAGAAUAGAUAGCACAGUGGCUAAAUUGCAAAGUGCAGGAAUUGACAGAAUUGUAAAUUAUCACAGUAAAUACUGUCAAACCAGGAACUUUGCAAGGUGUUGGACCAAAACUGUACACUUUGACUUACACAGAUGAAAGCGAAGUUAGCGAACAUAAUUCAUACACUAGCAGAUUCAUGAGUAGGUACAGGAUUUGACCAAGAAGAUUAGAGUUUUAAGAAAAGUAGCAAUUCCUCAUCUGUGAAACACUCUAAAGGAAUUACUGGGCAUCAGUGUGUGCUGAAAUGUAAUAUUUUAGUUAAUGUUAACUGUACUUCAAUUGCUGGUUAAUGAAAUGGCACCAAGUGAAGUGUUUACCAAUACCAGCAAAGCAAUACCAGCACAGAUGUGUCUAUGUUGUCUAUAUAUCAUUGACUAUUUCUCUGUCUCCGAUUAGGCAGAAGCUGGAUAAACAGUCUCAGGAAUAGAUACCAGAACCUAGAAUGGUUCUGUGCUUGGUAUAUAAAAAUAUUUGAAGGGUUUGGGGUUCUUAGGUCUCUGUUUCGCUCCAGUGGAUGGAGGGUGCUGAAUACUUGCAGAAUGUUUGUGGGAACAGCUCAAGUUAACAUACACUUUGAAAAUGAGACCAUUAAUCCAGCACCUUGGUAGACAGUAUAACAGAUACUGAAUGUUCAGUUCCGUGCCACAGCACAGAAGAUGCCUACUAGGCACUAUGCAAAGGUCCAAGGCUUUUCUUACACAAAAAGACAGAUUUAUGCCAUGCUCAGGAAAGAUGCAAAGAAUUUACCUUUCUUCCUCUCUUCUGUAGAGAUAGCAAGGCCACAUCCAGAGUGCUGUAAUAAACCAUGACCAUUUUUGUUGUCCUGUAGAAAAAAAAUCACUCUGAUUAUAGUAUUUGUUACUGAUGGAGAAAUUGGAACCUGUGCACAAGUGCUACUUCAAUUAAUCACAGUAAAGAUGGAUUUAGGUGGAGUAGGACAAGGAUUCUGGUCUCAUAGGAAGCAAGAUUUCAUCAGCGCACAAGAUGUCUGCAAAAGCCAGAACGACUACGGCUGAAGGAGGACUGACAAGUGCUGUGGAAAACAGUAAGCUCCAGAUGUACAUCUGAAGAUCUGAAGUGAAGAAAAAAUGUCAAAAAAAAAAUACAGUGACAGCCAAGGACACUGUGGGUCAAUUGGGGUUUACAGAGGGUGGAUUAGUUUAAUUACUUUGUGCUAACAGAGGAAAUGGGGAAUUAGAAAGGAAUUUACAAAUUCUUCAGUGCAGAAACAAAAAUAUUUGGGGAAGAAAGUGAGCAGUUUGUUCAGUCUCCUUAUUUAAUGAUAAUGAAAGCUGAUAAUGGUGGAACAUCAGGGCUUUGAAAGAGAAGGGUUUUUUCCAAGUGGGAAGGUUAAUCUCUGUAAUAAUAACAAAAUGACUGAUAUGUAAUGCAGGAAAAUUUAGUGAAAAAAGUAUUAAUGAAAGUGACAAUAUGUACUAAUGUCAGAUUUUACUUAAAAAAAAGGUAAUGGACAACAAUGGAAUGUAGAAGGUAAAUAAAUGCAAUGUGGUGCAACUUUCUCGUGUCAAA